GUGAGGGCGCUGUUCCUGGGUCGGUGAAGUGGAAGUGCGGAGAAGCUUCAGUCAGUCCAGAGUGAGAGCUGAGCUCUGCACCACAGCUCCGGGAGAACCAUGGAGGAACACGGCUCGGGGGGGAAGGAGGUGAGAUACUACCGCCUGUCUGAAGUGGAGGAACAUAACUCGUUCAAAAGUACAUGGAUUAUCAUCAACCACAAAGUGUUCGAUGUGACCAAGUUCCUGGAGGAGCACCCAGGAGGAGAGGAGGUGUUACGAGAGCAGGCUGGAGGAGACGCCACGGAGAGCUUUGAGGACGUGGGUCACUCCACAGACGCCAGAGAGAUGUCCAAGUCCAUGAUGAUAGGAGAACUGCAUCCGGAUGACAGGCAUAAGAUUGCCAAACCACCCGAAUCAUUCGCGACUCUGGUUCCUGAACCCACAAGCUGGUGGUCGAACUGGUUGAUACCUCUCCUCGCCGCUGCGAUCGUCACCCUGAUGUACCGCAUGUACACAGCCGAAGAUGAAUGACCGGUGCCGACACGCCCUUUUAGUGGACUGUUGGUGUUCGCGGUCACUGCUGUCUCUAACUUCCUCAGCACGCAUCACAUCCCGAACUCCAACACCCAUUAGAUCACACAUUUCAGGUUUUCUCACCAGCCAUCACAGCUAUAAUGAAUGAAGGCCUUUUUUUUUUUUUAGAGGGACAGUUUUCCAGUACAUGUGUAAGAAUUUAAAUUUUGAUAUUUUAAUGUUCUGAUAAUACGAUGGAGAAGUAUUCACAAUGGAAAUAUGUGACCACACACACAUGAAAAUGUAAAACUGAGGCGUAGCUUCGAUUGUCUCUCUGUGCUAUCAUUGUGUAAAUAUAAUUAUGGAAUAAGUGUUGCAAGCUUGUGUGUAAUAAAACUCUACAUGGCUGUAGGAGCUGCAUAAUGAUUUCUCAGUGUGUGUAGAAACCUGCUUUUGGAAAUUGAAAAAUGUAAUUAGUGUACAGGCAUAUAGACACCUGAGGCAUUAUCAGUGAUUUUUUUUUUUUAAAUGAUUUUUAACACCCAUAGAUCCACACUGGUCCUUAAAGGCGACCCUUUUUCUUUGCUCCUACUCACUUUUUUAUAUCUCAAUUACGUGAUUUCACACUGGAUUACAACACAUUUUAUUUUUUUUAACGUGGCUGUCGUAUCCUGUUGUACAGGGAUCACCACUCACUAAUUUAGGACUAGGUUCACACUCAGUCCAACACAUUUUAGAGUUUUCCCUGCUCCCAAUCCAACUCAUCUCAUCUAAUCAGCUAAUUAUUAAUCAGCCGAGGGAACGUGGGUGUACUAGUAUUUGGGGGGGGGGCACGAAAAUGUUUAGGAGAAGUGGGAGUCCAGGACCAGGGUUGGGAAAAGAAGGGAACAGUCCUGAAACAUAGCCAUUGAUUCUACAUAUAUACAUAAUAUAUUUUAGUACCAGUCAAAAGUUUGGACACACCUUCUAAUUCAAUGUUUAUUUUUAUUAAUCGAUUAAAAGACACUUCAUGUCUUAAAGUAAUGAUGGAUGUCGUUUCUCUUUACUUGGUUGAACUUGUGAGUUCUUGACAUAAUAUGGAUUACUACAGUUGUUGAAUAGGGCCAUUUACUGUAUUUUUAUUAUUAUUAUUUACUGUUUGAUCUCGAACGCAAUAAUAAGGCAAGAAACUCGUACGCUAAUUAACUUUUGACGAAGCUCAGCUGUUAAUUGAAAAGCAUUCAAUUAACAGCUGGUUAAGAUAACGCCAAUAGUAUGUAAAGUGUCAUCAAGGUAAACGCUGGAUCCUUUGAAGAAUUAAAAUAUGAAACAUUUUUUGUUUACCACAUGAUUCCAUAAAUAUAUUCUAUCCACAUUCACUGGAUAUAAGCAGUCGUGCGCUCUGAUUGGCUACUCUACUACUAGGCUAUCAGCUCAUAUACCAUGAGUAGAGAAAAACAAAAUUGUGGCGUGUUGCUGAACCAGCCGAGGAUGAAAUAAAAACUCUGCUCUGAAACAAAACCCCAAAAAAUAAAAAAAAAAUAUGGAAUAAAAGUAUUUGAUGGUAAAAAUGGAUCUUUUAUUUUUCAAUCAUUAUAGCAUUUUUCAUAAAUUGCUAGGCGGCACGGUGGUGUAGUGGUUAGUGCUGUCGCCUCACAGCAAGAAGGUCCUGGGUUCGAGCCCCGUGGCUGGCGAGGGCCUUUCUGUGUGGAGUUUGCAUGUUCUCCCCGUGUCCGCGUUGGUUUCCUCCGGGUGCUCUGGUUUCCCCCACAGUCCAAAGACAUGCAGGUUAGGCUAACUGGUGACUCUAAAUUGAGCGUAGGUGUGAAUGUGAGUGUGAAUGGUUGUCUGUGUCUAUGUGUCAGCCCUGUGAUGACCUGGCGACUUGUCCAGGGUGUACCCCGCCUUUCGCCCGUAGUCAGCUGGGAUAGGCUCCAGCUUGCCUGCGACCCUGUAGAACAGGAUAAAGUGGCUAGAGAUAAUGAGAUGAGAUAAAUUGCUACUGUUGUUUUGCCAGUUUGUUUAUAUUCUAAGUGGAAAUGAUUUUGUCGGACGGUUUGCGUAAACUUUAUUGAAUUUGCUAGAAAUAAAAAUACUCUUUCUCAAAAUCCAGUGACUGUGGAUAGAAUAAAACAGUUAUUCCACUCAAUCUCGUUAUACAUGGCUUAUAGCCAAGUCUGUGCUACAUGCCUCGUCGACUAUUAGCUCAUAUACGACUCGAUUUUGUGGAAUAAGUUAAAUAUGUUCCAUGUGUUAUUUUAUAGUUUUGAUGUCUUCAGUAUUGUUGUACAAUGUAGAAAAUAGUCAAAAUAUAGAAAGACCUAUGAAUGAGUAUGGGGUGUACAAACUUUUGGCUGGGACUGUUUUUUUAAAAACACACACACACACACACACACACAGUACUGUGCAAAAGUCUUAGACACCCCUUUUUGAGUCCAAACGUAGAUUUUUAUUUUAUGACUUUUACACUGAGUCAGUACAAAACCAUUUUAGAUUCCAAACAUUAGUUUUCCAGCACGAAUUUAAAUGUUACAGAGAGAGUAUUUCUAUGUCGUUAAAGAAAGCAGCAGAUUAUGUAAGGGACACUUUUCAGACUAAAACAUAAUCAAGGCUGCUGUGUUUUGUUGCAAAAAGGAAGCAGUCGUGACAAAGUCUCCAGAAGAACUGUGGCUGGUUUUAAACUCUACAGCUCAUUUCCUUAUAAAACUGCACUCGUUGUACCUGAGACUACUAUUUUUUUUUUUAAGCAAAGGAUUGUCUCACACCAAAUAUUGACUUUGUUUCAUUUAUUACUCUUUACUGCUCUUUAUUGUGAUUUUUUUUAAAUCUCAAAACAUUUAAUAUCUUAAUUUUUAAGGGCAUCUUUGCUCUCCAGCUUUUCUUUGCACAGUACUGUAGGUGUUGGAGUGAUUUAAAUCCGGCCCUAGUGAACCCAUAUCCUCUAACGUAUCUGUCCCAGCUGACAAAGGGCUUUAUCAAUAUCAAGGACUUGUAUUGAGGACCACUGGGGUACUGAUGGAUAGAAACCGUGCUAAAGCAUUCCACUUUAUACCACUGAAUGUCAGCAAUAUUGUCAUAAAGAUCAUUCUGUACCCUGUGAAAUAUUGCCGUUUACGUAUUUUGGAGCACCCCAAAUAUUCAUUUUUUUUUCUCUAAAGUGACCCAAGAUGUACAAAGAGAAGUAUUUCCAAGCUUUGUUUUGUCUGCUACACACUUUGACACACACACACGCAGGGCAGACUGUUCUGGACCGGUUCUGAUCCACAGAGACUCGAGGAAAAUGAAGAUUGUUCAUGUGUUCCAGGAGAAGAGCAGUAUGUAAACGUCCAUGUGACUGAUCCACUCAGGAAUAGCAUUAUGGUCAACAAAGCACAGUUAAAAAUCCUUUCCUAUUAAAAAAAAAAAGAGCUUAUGUGGAAAAGAGUAAUUUGUUGGGUUAUUUUUCCAUUGUUCAUCCUUUAAUUGCAUUAAAGAACUAAUUAUGUUGA